AAUAUGGCUUACACGGUAGUACAAAGUUGUCCUCCGACUUUUCCUGAGUGGCAAGGUCAAGCCAGUUCCACAUGUAGAAACGGUACUUACCACUGUAUGGAAGACGAGUACUCUAGGGCAGUGGAAGUCUGUGGCGAGCCAAUAUGGAUAGAACCAGGUCACUGUCCCUUUUACAACACAGUAGCAAAGAAGAUGGAUUCUCGUGUGUGCACCGGGAAACACUGUCCUGAAGACGUAUACACAUCUGAUGCCGUUUACAAAUACACUGGUUGCCAGCAGUUUGCUCUUGGCUCAAGCAUGACUUCGUCCAUGGGUCCCCUUGCUAACACGCCAAUGUCAGACACCUCUGAUAAUUCCAUCAUCGCUGGUUCAGUAACAUCUGUGUUAUUUGUCAUUCUACUGGUGGUUCUAGGAUUUAUUCUAUGGAAAAAAAAGAGACAUGCCUUCCAAGCCUGUUUAUUUGGUAGAGAGCAGACACAUCCAGCCAAGGAUACAUGUAAACAACUAAUCGGAGACGAGACAGAACCACUCAUACAAGAUGAAAUAGAUUAUGCUGCUCUAGAGAAAAUCACUCCAAAGGAGCUCAGUGCUGAUAACUACUUAAUUUCUCGGUGCCAGGAUUAUCUUGAAACACGUGGCAAUACGCUAGCAUUGGUUGGAACAUUGGGAAGCGGAAAAAGAACAAUUGCAUCUCAAAUAGCUAUCAGACUCGCCAAGAAAGACAAGAAAUUGAAAAUUAAAAUAGUAAGAGAUAGAGAUGUCAUAUCUGAAGAUUUGAAGACAAGACAUUCAACAUUUAUAAUCAUAAAUAACCCAUUCAAAACAUGGUUCACAUCUAAUCAUGUCGACAAAAUAAUCGGCUGUUUAUUAGAAAUUUAUGCAAAUGCCAAAAUAAAUAAAUCGUACAUCAUAGCCAUUUUUCAUUACAAUGAUUGGAACUCAUUUAAAUCGCAAAUCAGUGACAAGAAUUACACAAUGGAAUAUAUAUUCCCACAGAGAGAAAGUAUUUGUAAUGAAAUUAAAAAAAUAACAGAAAUGGCAAUGAGCAAGAAUACAGACAUAUCCAGAGUAAGAUUUAUAUCGGAUGACAGAGACAUAGGAGGCCCUUUUAUGGUGACUCUGUUCCUGAAAAAUAGUGAAUUUAAAAAUUACAAUUUCUUAUCCAAUCCAACCAGGUUUAUUUUUGAAAAACUGAAAACUUUGGAAAAGUCGUCGGAACUAGCAUUCAAAAUUAUGGUUUUUUUCGUUUUUCACGAUGAAGAAAUCGCUAAAACGGAUUUGGAUGAGAUCCCACAGCACGCAUUGUUUGCGGAUUUUAAGAAGAUGGAGGGUGAAGGAUCCAUUGAUGAAUGUAUUAAACAUUUGCUUGACCUCUUCAUAGAAGAAACGGUGGACAAACGAUCUUACCGCAUUUUGCAUGACGUCAUUACAAGGUGUACAUUUCUCGCUGCUUUUGAAAAUCAUAUGACCUUACUAUUGACAGAAUGCAACCCAAUAUUAAUAUUUGAUUGUACUCGAGUAAAAUCGACCGUUCAAAAAUUAAAAUCGGGACAAUUAGCUUAUGAUUUCAGUAGCAUAAGUGUUGGAAUUCCUUCGGAUAUAUAUCCAGAAGUAGCCAGACUGAUUUAUCAACGAACAGGAAUGAGGGAAGUCUUACAAAACAGCAAAUUAUAUGAGGAUAAAAAAUUUCAGGAUGAAUGGAAUAAGACUGAACAAUACUUUACAAAUGAAAUACAUGUAGAAAUUAAGACAGUUAACUGACCAGUUUUAGUAUGAUUAUACGAGAAUCGUCGAAUAUUUGUGAAUACGAUUUAAAAUUCAGGGACUACCUAAAAAGUAUAGUUGUACAACAUUCUCGUGUACAUGUAAAUGAUAGGAAUUAUCAGAUACUCAAUGACGCCUACUGACUUCGCAAUGUGCUUGCCUUGUUAACAUUGUUUAUAUUUUGUAUAUUGUGUAAUACUAAUGAGCCUAAUGGAAAGCUGAAGUAAUACGUAUUCAAGACAGUAAUUAUAUAGGACUCAAGAACAUUCUUAGACUUAAGCCGUAACUUUGAAGUAUUUCUUUUGCUGAUUUAAUUAAAGCUUUUAACAAAGAUUUUCUCUAUAAACAUGUAUUUGUUAUAUAUGUGGUUUUUCAUCGUACUCCUUUUUCCACAAUUAUAAAACAGGAGAUGGGUCGCAAGUAUGGUAUUUUCACAAAUAUCAAUUCACUUCAUGAACUUCAGGUAUUUUUCUAUAUUAAAAAAGGAUGAUAAUAUUAAAGUCAUUUAGAACAAGUACGGGUGUGUAUGAAGUCAUUUAUAUUCUAUUCUUAGUGUAGAACCAAACUACCCGUCGAGGCCUCAUAUUUGGUUGGUGAACAAACAAACUAUGGCAGAAGUUUGAGUUUAGGGACAAGAAAGGAUUCUUAUUGAACUGCCUCCGCAUCUCAGAUCUAUUUUCACUUUAAUUUCUUCCUUGUCUUUGACGAAUAUUUUUUUCUUAACCGUACAUGAGUAAUGAAAGAGGUAUUUCAACAUUUAGCAGUUUUCUAAAUAAACAUACAUCAAUGAGCUAGCAAGGUACCAAACUUUGACAAAUGAAAACUAAAACCGAGAUACUCUGCUC